UCCCUUUCCCUCUAGUCCCUGAACAGUGCCCAUUGCCUGCUGUUCCUUCCCCCUUGCUUUCAUACGCGGAACCUGUGCGCGCGUCCUUUUUCGCUCUUCCCCUCCUCCCUCCUUUCCGGGGCGGCGAAUGCGACUCCAGGCCUAGGAGUGAGCGGCAGCAAGCAUAGGCCGAGCUUUUGCUACUUAUCUAUCUUUAUUCUUUUUCUUUCUCCUGCUCCUGGGACGCACAGGAGCAGCAAGUGUGAAGAGUGCUCCCCCCACCGCCAUGCAGAUCACGCUGAAAACGCUGCAGCAGCAGACUUUCAAGAUCGACAUUGACCCUGAGGAGACGUGGUUCAGUAACUGAACAAAGAAUGUUCUCCAGUAAAUUUGAGGCUUGGCUUGGAAUCAUAAUGACAGUAGGGAAUGCAGGUGAAGGCAUUGAAAGAGAAGAUUGAAUCAGAAAAGGGGAAAGAUGCUUUUCCAGCAGCUGGCCAAAAACUAAUUUAUGCAGGUAAAAUUCUUAAUGAUGAUACUCCUCUUAAGGAAUAUAAAAUAGAUGAGAAGAACUUUGUGGUGGUUAUGGUGACAAAACCCAAACCAGCAGCUGCACCAACACAAUCGCUGGCAACAACUCAGCAGUCAAAUGCUAUCACCACUGUUAGCUCUACAGUGACAGUGACAGCAACAGCAACAGCUCCAGCUCCCGCACCAGUCCCUGCUCCAGCUCCUGUCUCUACCACUCCAACACCAGCUGCAGCUGCUUGUGAACCUAUACCUGUAAGUGCUCCUAAAGAAGAGAAACCAUCUGAGACACCAGCUGUUCUCAGUCCAUCAUCAACUGGCAGUACAACAGGUGAUACCUCUCGAUCAAAUCUUUUUGAAGAUGCUACAAGUGCACUUGUGACAGGUCAGUCCUAUGAAAAUAUGGUGAGUGAGAUCAUGUCAAUGGGUUAUGAACGGGAGCAAGUAAUUGCAGCACUGAGAGCCAGCUUCAACAAUCCUGACAGAGCAGUGGAAUACCUCUUAAUGGGUAUCCCUGGAGAUAAUCAGGCUUUAGCUGAUCCCCCUCACACAGCUAGCACUGUUGUUUCUCAGUCUUCAGCAGUGGCGGCAGCAGCAGCAUCUACAACAAUGACUACUAGUUCUUCAGGAGGACAUCCACUUGAAUUUUUACAAAAUCAGCCUCAGUUUCAGCAGAUGAGACAAAUUAUUCAGCAAAAUCCUUCUUUGUUGCCAGCAUUGUUACAACAGAUAGGACGGGAAAACCCUCAACUAUUGCAGCAAAUCAGCCAACACCAGGAGCAUUUUAUUCACAUGUUGAAUGAGCCAGUUCAAGAGUCUAGUCAAGGUGGAGGAGGAGGUGGCAGCGGCGGCAGUGGUACUGAAGGAGUAGCAGAAGCUGGAAGUGGUCACAUGAACUACAUUCAAGUAACACCUCAGGAAAAAGAAGCUAUAGAAAGGCUAAAGGCAUUAGGGUUUCCCGAAGGACUUGUGAUACAAGCAUAUUUUGCUUGUGAGAAGAAUGAAAACUUGGCUGCCAACUUUCUUCUACAACAGAACUUUGAUGAAGAUUGAAAAGGAGAGACUUUAAUCUCAUACUUCAUGCCAGUACACUACAAUAACAUUCGCUGGAUUGUCUGAGAUAUUUGGGCUCCUAUUCACAGUAUUUGGUGUGUGUGUGUGUGUGGGGAGGGGGGGUAUAGGAAAUGGAGCAAGGAAAAAUAAAAGCAUGUCUGCUUUAAAUUGGCAAGUGUGGAAAAUCGCACAGUUUUAAAAUAACAUACAAUCAAAAAUCAGCUUCUGUAGAUGCUUAGUUCCUUCUGUGAACUGUAGGUUAACUGUUUUCUAGGUUUUCACUCUAACUGUACUAGUUUCAGAAAAUUAGUUUAAUGCCCUGCUUCAUGGUUGGUUGUGGGUUUUUUGGGAGAGGGGUGUGGGAGGGUUAUUGGAGUCUACAGUCUGUAUUUCAUGGCAACACUGGAUAAUGGCUUUGUGAAAUUUAAAAGAUCUGAGCAAGUGUAAAUGCCAAAACAUAGGUGGUAAUUUUGCUGCUUCAGAUAUAUUAAAUUACUGCAAGAAGCCCAUUAUUUCAUGUUUAAUACUGAGUUAAACUGAAUUCCUUCAAAUGAAAAUCCAUUCCUGUUAAAAAUUUCUUGAUCAGUAAGUGAGACCUCCUUCUAGCAUGAUUUGAGAAGCUGUAUGCAUACAGGCAAGCUUAUUUUCUUCUUUACAUCUCUUAUUUUGGGGAAAAAAUGAUAGCUAUCUAUUGUUUACUUCAAUGUUAUUUUGCAGUAAAGAUUUUUCUAAAAACAA